AUGCUACCAGACAAAAUUCAGAUAUUUCUAAUUGUCAGUUUUCGUAAACUCGUACCAAGGAUAACAUACAGCAUCAAGCACAACCGUCAUAUAAAACGUCAACCAAAAUAUGACAAGAAAGUGCUGUGA